GCCAUCUUUCUUCUUCACAAAUUGGCGUGCUCAUUAUUAUUCUUAGCAUCUAUCUGACAGAAUUUAACCAUGGCGACAACAGCAACGGAAGGAAAGAACAAAAAGUACAAACUUUUCGCCUCUGCGGCAGGAGACGGCUCGAAGAAGCCAUGCGCUUUCUUCAACACUCCUGCUGGUUGUCGGAUGGGAGACAAUUGCAAAUUCUUGCAUACCGCUGCUGCUGAAAUUCCAGCAACUCCCACGACGAGCAACUCGGUUGUGAGCAGCGAAGAAAGCGAGGGUGAAAUCGAGACAGAGAAACCGCAGCAGCCAACCCAGCAGCAGAAACGCAAGAGAACCAAUGAAAAAAACUCCAAUGUGUUUGCUUCUCCCAGUGGCGGCGAAAAGAAAAUCAAGUACACGGAUCUUAUGAAGGACAUUACGUCUGAGAAGAAGGAUACUCCACCAGCAGCGGCUAAAACUCCAGCGGUAUCACCGAAACAAAAGAAGAAAACGGAAGUUAAGAAACAGCAGCAACCUCAAAACAACAAGAAGCAGUCUUCCGGCACUUCAUUCCGUGACCUCAAUUUGCCUAUUGCCAGUUUCAUGCUACCCUCGGGAGAAAGCAAGAAGGAGGAGGAACCAACCAAGGAGGAAAAAGUGAAAGAAAGUCCUCCUCCUCCCGCUCCCAAACCUCAACCCACACAUGUUCUUCCAACUUCAUCCGAAGCUGGCCGCAAAUGGAAAGACAUUGUGGAGGAAACACAAGCCAAUCCAAGUUUUGACGAAAUUUUCUCCAUGACAAAGUACAAGGAAAAUCCUCUCCCAGGAGAUGUAUGGAUCAAGGCAAAGCCAUUUGGAAAAUGGUGUGCCAACAACCCUCAGGCCAUUGCCAUUGAUUGUGAAAUGUGCGAAACAAAGGAUCCCGUGUCUGGUCGCAAAAACUUUAAUGCUUUAUGCCGUAUCAGUGUUGUCAAUGCGGACGAUCCAGACGAUGUCUUGUUGAAUACUCUUGUCAAGCCGGACUGGCCUGUCUCUGACUACAGAACCUGGGUCAAUGGCAUUGAAAAGCAACAUUUGGAUCCAGUGCAGUUCACCUUGCGACACGCUCAGGCUUUCAUGGUGGCACUUUGCAGCGAGGAAACCGUCAUUAUGGGACAUGCCGUCCAUAACGAUUUGGCCGCCAUGAGGAUGGAACACGAGUGUUGUGCGGAUUCCGCCCUCUUGUUCAAGGCCAAGGAUUCACCCACUGCUACAGUGAGUUUGAAGGAUUUGGCUGCGACCAUUCUCAAGAAGGAAAUGCCCGAUACCCAUGACUCGGUCAACGAUGCACGCACGGCCCUACUUUGCCUGGACUUUUAUCGGGAAAAGGACGGUGACGUGGAAGAAAUUGUCCGCACUCCCUCCAACAAGCGUCGCAACAGCAAGCGUGCCGAUGGCGUUGCUACCACAGGCGCUGGCACUCCAUCAGGUGGCAUUCCGGAAGGGCGUACCCACCAUCAAUUGUUUGUUCACCGUAUUCCCAAAAGCUGCAAGGGAGAGCACAUCAUCAAGAUGUUUUUGGAGCACACAGCCGUGGCACCCGAUCAAGUCAACGACAUUGAUUUCUCUUCGGGAUCCAAAGGCAAAACCAUCAUCAGUUUCAAGUCUCCCCGUCAUGCAUUCUUGGCAUUUGAUACGCUGAAAGGAACUGCCGAGCCCGAAAAAUCGGGACGACUGCAGAAGAAGGUGUUUCUUCGGGAUGGCGACUAUGUCCGAAUCCGAAAGAUGGCCUUUGAAAAGAAUCACGUGUUCCCCAAAUCCCCUUCUACCAACAACGAGAGUAGUUGAAUUAUCAUGGGGGUAGACCCCGGAAGUACAGUAUGAAUGAUGUUGGAUACGCGCCAGUGCCAACUGCAGAAAUCUAUAUUUAUCGCAAUUCGUUUGCUUUUUAUUUUAAAAAUGCUCUUCUUCAUCUUGACUUGGCUUUUUCUCUUGUACGCGUG